AAGGUAACAAGUGAUUAUGCUGCGUAAGGUCGCACUGGUGGUAGACCACCGCACCUUGGUUGUAUGGCCGGGCUCGGCAUUUGCGUAUAAGUUGCCGGUGGUUAAACACCGCCAAUGGCCGAUUUCCUCAACACCUCCCUCCCCAUACAUACACUUCUCAGUUCAUUUUGGCAGAAUUUGGUCUGGAAUUUAUAGGCGGAUAAUGAUGUGAUAGAAGAAAAAGACAUGAUGCCAUGAAUACGCACUGCAAACCUUUUAACAGGAAUAACAGGAAUAACAUCAACAACGCGGGAAUGAAUCCCGACAUCGCUCGUUCAUCCGGCGGAUCUGUCACGUGGGCCGUCGGCCGAGGUUGGAGCUGAGACCGGCCCUAGCCGGUACCGCGCCGAGCUUUGCCAUGACGACUUGGCCGGCCCUUGUGAACGCCUCGCCGCCCUCGACAACUUCAAUUUCGCAUUGAACAACACCCAUACAACAUGUCAGCACUACGGAUCCUCGUGCCUGUCAAACGGGUCAUCGACUAUGCUGUCAAGCCUCGAGUUAACAAGGCCCAAACGGCCGUCGAAACAGCCGGUGUCAAGCACUCAAUGAACCCGUUCGAUGAGCUGUCCGUUGAGGAGUCAGUGCGUAUCCGAGAGAAGAAGCGUUCGCCCGGUGGUGUCGAGGAUAUCUGCGUUAUCUCUGCUGGUCCUCCUAAGGCGCAAGACGUGCUGCGAACAGCCAUGGCCAUGGGCGCAGACCGAGGAAUCCACGUCGAGCUCAAGGACGGAGAUGAGCUAGAGCCUCUCACAGUAGCAAAGAUCCUCCAAAAGGCCGUGGAACAGCAGAAGAGCAACCUAGUGAUUCUGGGCAAGCAGAGCAUCGAUGAUGAUGCGGCACAGACCGGCCAAAUGCUUGCAGGUCUCCUGGGGUGGCCUCAGGCUACACAGGCUAGCAAGAUCGAGUUCGGUGCUGAUGAUAAAGUCACUGUGACAAAGGAGGUUGACGGUGGUGUCGAGACAGUGAGCGCCAAGUUGCCUAUGGUCAUCACGACAGACCUGCGACUCAACGAGCCCCGCUAUGCCAGCUUGCCUAAUAUCAUGAAGGCCAAGAAGAAGAAGUUGGAGAAGACAAAGCUUGAGGAUUUUGGAGUGGAUGGUGUGAAGCGCCUUAAGACACUCAAGGUCAUUGAACCCCCAGCUCGCCAGGGAGGUGGCAAGGUUGAGGAUGUUGGUGGUUUGGUUAGCAAGCUGAAGGAGCUUGGUGCAUUGUAAAUGACAAAACAAAUAGUGAACAUGAUAAAGCCGAAGGCCAUUAGAAUUGACUAACGCUGAUUGGAGUAUUCUUGCUAUUAUGAAGUGUAGAAUGAAAAUUACAAGAGGCGAGUCUGCAUAAGUUACUGUUCUCCAAUUUGCCGGAAGCUCCCAUUAAUACGCUUGCGACCCGAAAUAGAGCUGGAGCAACUGUCUUUUUUUAGUAUUUAUAUAUAUAUUUGGUUUUGUCACACAACCAACACCUAAUGCUUAUCGCCUAUUCAAGGAG